AUGUCAACGCGAGGAACUAUUGCUGUUGAGGAGGCAAUCAUUACCCCAUCAACAAAAUGGCUCCUCGAAGAAACCUUUGCAAUUCUCAACCCUGGCGACAGCAGCAACAAGGCUCUAGAAGCCCACGCUGCGAAGCUGCUUGACAUCCAUGAUAAGCGCCUCGCAACCAUGGAUGCCGAGGGAGUUGAAUACAUGCUCUUGUCAUUGACUGCACCGGGUUGUCAAGGCAUAACGGACCCCAAACUUGCAGAGAAAACAGCCAAAGAAGCCAAUGACUGGCUGGCAUGUCAGGUCGCGAAAAGACCAGAGAGAUUUGGUGGUCUUGCAGCUCUGUCGAUGCAUGAUCCCGAAGAAGCUGCACAGGAGCUUGAAAGAGCUGUCAAGCAGUUGGGAUUUUUUGGGGGACUUGUUAACGACUAUCAGAGUAUAGAGGGAGGAUCGGGACGAGAGUACUUUGACACUGCCAAGUAUGACCCGUUUUGGAAGAAGGUUGAAGAGUUGGAUGUUCCGAUUUACUUGCAUCCGAGAUACGUGUCGAUCAAGGACCUUCAACCUGGGUCGCUGUACGGAGAUCGGCCUCAUCUUCAAGGUGCAGCUGUGCAGUUCCAUCUUGAUCUUUCGUACCAUAUCUAUGCGCUUUGCUCAUCUGGAGUUUUUGACAGAUUCCCAGGUGCCAAGAUCGUAGCUGGGCAUUUAGGAGAGAACAUACCUCUGAAUCUCUGGAGAGCCAGCCACUGGUACAACAAGCCCAGUAAAAAGGCCACGCGUCCGUCAAAGGAAGACUACAAUUACUAUUUCAAGCACAAUGUCUACAUCACGACUUCAGGAAACUUCUUUACUCCUGGAUUAAAGUUUUGCGCUGAAACAAUUGGGAUCGACAGAUGCAUGUACUCUAUAGAUACACCAUACGAAGACAUUGAAGAAGCGCAGGCGUGGUGGAGGACUGUGGACUUGGAUGGUGAGGCGAAAGAGCAAAUAUUGUGCUACAUGAACGUUAGAGUAACAGCCAACUGUGAUACUCAACACAGCUUUACCAUGGCCAUCAUCACCAACGCUCCGUCGACCCACCAGGCUGCUGUUUACGACAAACCUGGUGAACUCAGCACCAAGGUGGUAGACAUUGAGACUCCCAGCCCAUCUGCAGGAGAGGUGCUGGUGAAGCUCUCUCAUUCCGGCGUCUGUCACUCAGACCUUUCCAUCAUGAAGAACUCUUGGGGAAUACCUUUUUCGCUUCCUGACACUCAAGUUGGCGGUCAUGAAGGUGUUGGAACAGUUGUUCAGAUUGGAGAGGGUGCAGGAAUACACGACUUCGCGAUUGGAGAUCGAGUCGGAGUGAAAUGGCUGAGGGAUAUCUGCGGCAGUUGCGUCUACUGCAUCGCUGGAGAGGAUGGCCUCUGUGCCAAGCAGUCUGUGUCUGGCAUGUUCAACCCAGGGACAUUCCAGCAAUACCUUACUGUACCAGUCCGAUAUCUGACACCUAUUCCCAACGGCGUGAGCUCUGAAGUAGCUGCACCAAUGCUAUGCGCAGGACUGACCUCGUACGCGGCUUUACGUAAGGUGUGCGCCAGUCCUGGCGAUUGGGUUGUUGUGUCAGGCGCCGGAGGAGGUUUGGGACAUCUCGUCACGCAGAUAGCAUCAAAGGCCUUCGGAUACCGUGUUAUUGGCAUUGAUCAAGCCAGCAAAGAGGAAGUUGUAAAGGAAAGUGGAGCUGAGAUAUUCAUUGCUGCUGCAACGUCCAGCGAGGAAUUGGUUUCCCAGGUCAAGAAGCUCACCGACAAUCUUGGCGCCAACGCGGUAGUUGUGUGUGCGUCUAGCAACGCAGCAUACUCUCAAGGCCUCGAGCUAUUGAGACCUGGUGGGACAUUAGUCGGUGUUGGAAUGCCCGGGGGAAAACCUGUUGCAAUUGCAAGCGCAAUGCCUGGGCCGAUUGUUCAAAAGCAGCUGAAGAUUGUUGGAUCGAUAUUGGGAAAUCGUCAGGAUGCAAUCGAUGUGCUGAACUUGGCGGCGAGAGGCGUGAUUACUGUGCAUUAUCAGACGAGGCAGCUGAGCGAGCUUACAGAGACUUUUAGGGAGAUGGAAAGUGGGAGUCUAUCGGGAAGGGCUGUUUUGGAUCUGCAGAGCUAA